CUUCGGCCAGUAAGUGGUGUGUGUGUGUGUGUGUGUGUGUGUGUGUGUGUGUGUGUGAGUGAGAGAGAGAGAGAGUGAGUGAGUCCGGACAGUCUCACACACACUCUGCGGCGUCUGGAGGAAACAUCGACAACAUGCUGCUGCUGCUGCUGCUGCUGCUGCUCCUCCUGCUCAGCCUGCUGACCCUGAGCCUGCUCCGGCCGCACCGCAGGACCAGAAGAGACGGUGAGCCUCCACUAAUCAAAGGCUGGAUUCCUUACAUUGGGAAGGCCUUGGAGUUUGGAAAAGAUGCCCAUAAAUUUCUGGAAGAAUAUAAAAAGAAACAUGGAGACAUAUUCACAGUACUCAUAGCAGGUAAAUACAUGACUUUCAUCAUGAACCCUUUGAUGUAUCCAAACAUCAUCAAGCGCGGCAAGCAGCUGGACUUCCACGAGUUCUCCAACCAGGUGGCCCCCCGGACGUUCGGCUACCCGCCUGUCUUCAGCAGCAAGUUCCCCGGCAUGCCUGAUCAGAUCAAGCGCUCUUUCCACCUCCUCCAGGGAGACAAUCUCACUCCCUUAUCAAAGAGCAUGAUGGGUAACCUCCUGCUGGUCUUCAAGCAGGACCACCUGGACAAAAGGCAGAUGGAGGACUCGGGCGAAGGCGGCUGGAGAACGGACAGCAUGUGUGAGUUCUGCAGCAAGGUCAUGUUCGAGGCCACUUUCCUCACCUUGUACGGCAAGCCGGCGUCCAAAAGACGCCACAGCAGCAUGGAAACACUGAGGGAGGACUUUAUCGAGUUCGACAAAAAGUUCCCACUGCUGAUUGCACGCAUUCCCAUCUGGCUGCUGGGGAGGACCAAGGCGAUUCGGGAGAAGCUGAUCAACUACUUCCUGCCACAGAGAGUGUCAUGCUGGUCCAACACGUCUCAGUUCAUCACGAGGCGGGUGGAGCUGUUUGAGCAGUACAACUCGCUUCGAGACAUGGAUAAAGCAGCUCAUCACUUUGCCAUCCUCUGGGCGUCCGUGGGGAACACGAUCCCGGCUACCUUCUGGGCCAUGUACCACCUGGUGAGCCACCCGGAGGCCCUGGAGGCUGUCCGCCAGGAGAUCCACAGCCUCCUGAAGCUCUGGGGGAUGGACGACUUCAGCGACCGAGACAUCAACCUGAGCAGAGAGCAACUGGACCAGCUGCUCUAUCUGGAGAGCGCCGUCAACGAGAGCCUCCGCCACUCCUCGUCCUCCAUGAACAUCCGGGUGGCGCAGGAGGACUUCAGCCUGCCGCUGGAGGCCGAGCAGUCGGUGGCCGUGAGGAAGGGAGACAUCAUCACCCUGUACCCGAGGAGCAUGCACAUGGACCCCGAGAUCUACGACCAGCCGGAGAUGUACCGCUACGACCGAUUCGUGCAGGACGGCAGACAGAAGACAGACUUCUACAAGGACGGCCAGAGGUUGAAGUAUUACUGCAUGCCUUUCGGCUCGGGCGCCACCAUGUGCCCCGGACGCUACUUCGCUAUCAACGAGAUCAAGCAGUUCCUGUUCCUCCUGCUGCUCCACUUUGACCUCCAGCUGGUGGAAGGUCAGCCCAAGGUCACCCUGGACACCAGCCGAGCCGGCUUGGGCAUCCUGCUGCCCGCCAAGGACGUUCGGUUUCGCUACAGGCUGCGCGCCGCCUGAACGGAGCAGAGGGCAGAGCUCUGUGUACUGAAUGUGUGUGUGUGUGUGUGUGUGUGUGUGUGUGUGUGUUCUGCAGCGCAGGUGUUUCUACAGGUGAAGCACCUCGACCGGCUCUGAUGGAGCACAGGAUCACUGUCAGCCAUGGCCGCACUCCACCUGGACUUGGGGGUGGUGAUAUUCUGAGAAAAAAACUCAAAAUUUCCAGGAAAGAAGCUGUGAUUUUACAAGAAAAAAAAAUGGGAUAUUUAUGAUGAAAUUCUGAGAUGAUAAAGUCACAGAUUUAUGAGAAAAAGGCUCAGAGAAUUUGUUUUUCUUUUCUUUUUUUGUCAAGGAGCCAAGAAGCAAGAAUCAGAUUCAGCAAAGUGAUUGCAAUGUGGCUUUUUGACAAAAAAACAAACAAAACAAAACCCAAAAGAUGCUGAGAUUCAUGUUGUCCCACUGAGCAUGCUCAGUAGGCUCAGAGCUGACAGGAAGUGUGAUGCUGUCUCUCUCAGUCCAAACUGUGGCGUCACUGAAGUGGCACUCUGUAAUCUGAUUCCUCUCUCUUUAGUUUCAGUCAAAACCUAUGCAAUUUUGAGCGUGUAAUCCAUUCACAGGUUGUAAAUUGUAUU